AUGGCCAUUGUCACUGAGUCUCAGCUGUGUCUCGAUUUAGAAAGUGACUAUGCUGAGUUUAUCAUAUCAGUUGGGAAAGUGCUGUUUGGUGAGCGCCAAAGGUCACCAAGAAAGAAAAAGAAGGUUCUGGGGGAAAUGGAAAUACCCGUGAACUCCAAGAAGGGAGCUGUGGAAGAGAAGAAGAAAGGAGAUGGACAGAAGCUGAUGAAGGAACUGGCAGAUGAAAAGCUUAAACUCACACGAGCUGCUUGUGCUUUGCUCAACUCCGGCGGAGGUGUGAUACGGGCAUCGAUCUCAAACCAAGGCUACUACUUGGUUCAACAUGGAAUUGGUCAGGACAUAGAACGGGCCUUUCGGGAGUGUAUUCAUUCUGAAGAAUUAUCUGAAUAUUUUGACUUUAUCCAGAAAGGUCAACACUUGAUGAUUUGGGUGAAGGCGUGGAGCAGCGCAAAUUCCUCCAAGCCACGGAUUUGUAAUGUAGAAACUGGCUUGCACCAACGUAACGGGGAAUCUGCUAUGAAGCUGAAGGAUUUGACUUUUCUGAAAGAGAAGCUAGCUUAUGCCAAGCUUGAUUCUGAUGUGAUGAGUCCUAAGAGGCCCCGUCUCCAAAACAACAUUGAGGGUUCAACAGAAGUUGCUGUAGAAAUGGCAUCCGGCAUCCGAAACGCAGCCAUUCAAUUUUUUGAACGAGAUCAACUGGAGUAUGGCGAGAUCCUGAGUUUCACUGAAUGGACAACGGUUGAAUUUAAGGACUUCCCAAGAGACGAGAACACCUUAGAUUUUGUUCAAAAUACGCUUCGGCGAUAUAUUUCUGCCUUUGCAAAUACCCAAGGGGGGUACUUAAUUUUUGGUGUGGACAAUAAUCAGAAAGUUGUUGGGUGUAAAAGAAACGUGAACCCAACCCAAGUGAAAGUGGUAGUUGCAGCAACCAUUGAUGCGGUGCCCUACUUCCAUUUAGAUGCUUCUAAGCCAAAAGUUUACUAUGAAUAUAAAGCCCAGGCUGUUUAUGAUAAAGACGGAAAGGAACGCGGUUACGUCUUUGUUGUGAGAAUUGAGUCAUUCCAUGGCAUUUUCUUUUCGGAAGAGCCAGAUUCAUGGAUUGUGGAGGCUGGCUGUCUGAAGAGAUUUGAGAUUGCUGAAUGGCUUAAAAUAAUGACAGCUGAAGACCCAGAUCUUUCGAAGCUGGCUGAACAAUUCACGAAAGAGCUGAGUCUGUCAGACGGGCCUCCGAUGAUCAAGCCAGUGUAUUCAGUCCAAGGUCUGGACAGCUUGGAUGUGCUGCGGAGAAAGUUUUUCCCGGCAGAGUCCAACAGGAUGACAUUUGUUCCCCAACCCCUCUGUGACAAGCUGUUCCUGGAGUAUCCAAGGCUGAAGGCUUUGCUAGAAAGGGAAAUUCAGCCACCGGUUCAAGGAACAUUGAUGCUUUCAAGAAGCUGGGCCGUGGACAUUGGGUUGCCCAAGAACCGAGCCAUCGUGUGCGAUGCACUUUUGAUGGUUGUUGGACGCUAUCCUGUCUUUUAUAGUGUUGUUGAGAAUCCCACCUGUGAAGUGUAUGAGCAUUCAAGAAGCACAGCCAGACUGCUAAAGCAGAAGCUGGCGAAUGUUGGAGGAUACUCUCAAAAGAUCUGUGUGAUUCCAAAGGUCUUGUAUCUGCAGCCUACAAGUGAACAGGAUGCUGGAGGUCAGAGACUAAAGUACCCUGUAGACUACAGGUUGCGACAAGAACACCUACCCGGCUUACAAAAGGCACUUGUAACAGUCUUGUUUGGCUUCACCUCCUUUUCGAGUGACUUCAUUGGAGUGGAGUUUCUUAAUCUCUUGACCUAUGAACAGUAUGAAACCCUCUCCAAGAAACUUGACGGGACCAGAGAACAGUUUAUAUACGGCAUACCCGGAAGUGGGAAAACAGUGGUGGCCUUGAAGAUUAUGGAGAAAAUAAGGAAUGAAUUUGACUGCCGACCCGAUGAAAUACUGUACAUCUGUGAAAACAAGCCACUGCGGGAUUUUGUCGGGAAGAAAGUGUCCUGUGCUGUGACGAGAGCGACAUUCAUGAAGGAAGAAUUUCCGAACGUCAAGCACAUUGUGAUGGAUGAAGCUCAGAAUUUCCGAGUGGAGCACGGCCCGUGGUACAAGAAAGCUAGGAACAUUGUCCGUCGUGACCCUAAUACUCUUGGGAUCUUCUGGAUUUUCUUGGACUAUUUCCAAAUGAGUCACCCUUUUGACAGUGGCCUCCCCCCUCUAUUGCGACAGUAUCCAAGGGGUUAUCUUACUAAGGGAGUCCGGAAUGCUUCUACAAUCUACGAAGUUGUGAAAGCAGAGAUGGAGAAUAUAGUCAACGCAAAGCGGUUAGACAUUCCUUACCCACAACUGGGAGAGCUGCUAGGCAGAGCGUGCUGUGGCAAUUUCAUGGCUGGCAGGUACCAUAUAAAGCGUGAGAUGGAAGUGAGGGAGAUAGCAUGUUAUGUGGCCAGACACUGUCGCAGCUACCUGGACGCAGGCUACUCUCAGAAAGAUAUUGCAAUUCUGUGCAGCACAAAAGAAAUAACUUCCAAUUACCAGCGUCCCUUGGUAGAGGAGAUGAGAAAACUCCGCCUUGAUGUUAGCUUUGUACAGGCCAACGAGAUACUGACAGACAAGAUUGUCCUUGACAGCAUUCGCCGUUUCUCAGGCCUCGAGAGGACCAUCGUGUUUGGCAUCAACCCCGUCCCUACACAGGGGGAAGUUUCCCGAAACCUUUUGCUCUGCGUGGCCUCCAGAGCUAACAAGCAGCUUCACUUACUGUAUGAAAAGGAGCAGAUUUGUCCUUAA